AUGAACAACAAUUCUGUUGAGAAUACCCGUGUUGAAUACAACGUUCAACGGUUCACUUACACUCAAAAGGAUUUUGAUGAUGAAUUUCAAAUAAAACCAAAAACAACAUUAACCUUUUCCAAACUCAAAAGUACCAUAAUGAAAGCUAAACUAAGCACGUUUGGAUUCGCUUUAUUUCCUGUCUUUCCUUCAUUGAUGUCCUACUAUACACUUCAUUUGUUUGCCAUGGACAUCAUUGCGGGUAUUACAAUGGCUUUCUUUCAUCUCCCUCAAGGUAUGGCUUAUGGUGCACUUGCUGGUCUUCGUCCUGUCAACGGUUUAUAUACAUCUUUCUUUCCUGUUCUUGUUUAUUUCUUCUUUUGUACUUCGAGGCACAAUUCUUUAGGAACAUUUUCCUUGGCGUCUCUCCUCUUUUCUGAGCCUAUUAAUCGUGUUACUAAUGAAUAUUUCAUACCAGUAAAUUCAAGCAACUCUACCGGUAUGACAGACGAAGAGUAUCAAUUUCGACUGAAAAUAUCACUAACUCUUGCCUUAUGCGUUGGAUUAUUACAGAUUAUUAUGGCCUUGGUUCAAGUUGGUUUCCUAGCUACCUACCUCUCUGGUCCCCUGAUUAGCGGAUUCAUGUGUGCCUCAGCCUUUCACGUGCUCUCAAGUCAAUUCAGUUCACUAUUUGGUAUCAAUUUGCCGAAGGUCUAUGGACCUGGGAACUUCUUUAUUAAGUUUUACAACCUUUGUGCUCACGUCAAAGAGACCAACGUUGCAACUGUUAUCAUCUGUAUAAUCUGCAUUGGGAUUCUUCACAUCUUCCGGUUGUAUAUUAAUCCUUACUUCCGCAAGAAAUUCAAGUUCCCUGUUCCUGUUGAACUCUUAAUUGUCGUUGCAAGCACAAUCAUCUCACACUUCGUAAAAUUUCACGAGCGAUGGGGUGUCGGUGUUGUUGGUCAUAUCCCCAGUGGUCUUCCAGCGCCAGUUCUUCCCACCUUCUCCCACUUCUCCCAACUCAUUCCUGACAUUUUUGUCGUUGCUAUCAUCACCUUUGCAAUCAAUGCAGGUCUUGUGAAGAACUACGCUGCCGAGUUCGGUUACGAUGUUUUGGAUAAUCAAGAACUUUUAGCCAUGGGAAUAAGCAAUACCAUUGGUGCGCUCUUCAAGUGCCACACAGCUUGCGGUGCCCUGGGUCGAACUGCUGUCGUUGUCACAGUUGGAAUGGCCUCCCAGGUUUGA